UUCGGCCAUUUACAAUCUGUCGCCACAGCGGUAGGUGGCGACGUAGUUACCAAACAAAAAUGUGCAGUUAAAAUUUUUUGUAAUACGUAAUUUCUUGUACAUACACAAUGAAGCUCUUUGGACUCUUUUUUUUUGUGUAUUUGUGGUGUAGUGUGCAAACAAGAUGUGUUAUGCGAGAAGAGUGCGUAAUUGUCAACGGUUUUCCAAAGAACUGCCCGUAUGACGGAGACCCUCUGCCUAUACUGGCAAAUUUGACACAAGAGCUGCAAGAAGCAGUGAUCCAAAACCUGCUCCAUAGAUGUCCCAACCUUAUACUUGACGAAGAUGGGAACCAGAAGCUUGACGAUGAAAUACUCGCUUGCUGUGAUUACGCACAACUUCAAGGGAUGGCAGACAGUCUUUUGAUUGCUGAAGGUGUACUUGGCCGGUGUCCAGCGUGUGUCCGCAACUUCGCCAGGCAGGUCUGUGAAAUGAACUGUUCACCAGAUCAGGCCCGCUUUGUGGACGUUGUUAGGAUUGAAACGUCUGUGGAUGGUGUUGACUACGUCGAUGAGAUGAAUUUUAGAAUGCAUGAAGAUUUCAUGGAGGAUGCCUAUGCCUCUUGUUCUGGUGUGCUGCUUCCGCAAACAGGUAUGCCCGCCGUCAACCUGAUGUGUGGCAGUGCGUCGGUGUGCGACGCUCAUGCCUGGUUUAGCUUCACUGGAGAUACUUCAAGUAAUCCUUUAGCGCCGGUUCAAGUAAACUUCAUAAAAUCAACAUCCGAAGAUGAAUCUAUGCAUGUUCGUGUCACGCACUGUAACGAGACAAUUUACAAUGAUCUUCCCUGCAACUGUAUUGACUGCAUGGCAAAUUGUCCGACGGGAAUCGAACCUAUUCCUUUUGAGCCCUGUACGAUUUUGUCAGUCAAUUGCUAUGCAUUUUCUGCCUCUUUAAUUGUAUUACUCAUUUCGAUUAUAAUAAUAGCAUUUUGGACUAGAAAAGACUACACGACGGCUAAAAAACAAUCCAUUGAUACCAAACCUGAAGAGCCUAAGAAACACCAUGCUAAUAGAAUGACGCGCAUAUUUCAGUCACUAUUUACCAAAAUUGGAAGGUUCUCUGCGGGUAAUCCAUUAUUGAUGAUUACGUUGACUACAUGGCUAGCAUUUGCUAUGUUUUUCGGAGUGAUACGGCUCAAUGUGAGUUCGAAUCCUAUCGAGCUGUGGUCUGCUCCCGAUUCUCGGAGUCGCGCUGAUUUGAAUUACUAUAAUUCUAGAUUUGGUCCAUUUUAUCGUGCUUCACAAGUGUUUUUGCGAUUUACCGGGUUGACGUCAUUUACACACAAUAACCAAACUUUCGGACCUGCUUUUAGGAUUGAGGCUGUACAUGAGUUAAUAAGACUAGAAACCGCUAUUAUGAAUAUAGGAAGAGAUAACGGCGGUGUUACACUGGAAGAAGUGUGCUACGCACCUUUGCGACCACCAGGUGGCGAGAGACGCAUUGAUCAGUGCGUUACAAUGUCUGUUGGUACAUAUUUUGGGGAAGAUAGAAUUGUUGACAAUAACACGUAUCUUACCCAAAUUCAAAACUGCAUGAAUAAUCAUCUUUUUUUCGGUUGUCAAGCAACCUGGGGUGGAGGCGCUGAACCAGAAAUUUCGUUCGGAGGUUACGACGGUGAUAACAUCUUUAGUGCUGAUACUUUGUUAAUGAAUUUCCCUAUAAAUAAUUUUCUACUAGAACGAGAUCUUAUACCAGUAUUAGAGUGGGAACAAAGUUUUAUAGACCUUAUGCAUGAUUACGAAGCUAACUCAAAACCUGAUUAUGUGAGCGUUGCCUUCGGAGCCGAAAGAUCUAUUGAAGAUGAGAUAGAACGAGUAUCGGUACUAGAAGCUGUCCCAAUUAUAAUAAGUUACAUUUUAAUGUUUCUUUAUAUAAUGGUUGCUUUAGGGAAUGUAAGAUCUUGUAAGACCUGGUACAUCGAGAGCAAGAUUGUAGUUGCUAUAGCAGUAGUGAUUAUCGUAUUGAUUUCAAUAUUUUGUGCUAUGGGUGUGAUGGGAUUCUCAGGAGUCACACUCACUUUAUUAGCAAUCAAUGUUGUACCAUUUUUUGUGCUAUCUGUUGGCGUAGACAAUGUUUUCUUGAUGGUUAACACACUCCAUGAAUUGCAGUAUAAGUUGAAAGAAUACGAUGACUAUAAUGAGAACUUUAGUUUUAAUAGAAAGAGAGCUUUCUUGUUUGGAAAGAUGUUAGGCAAGGUGGGCCCGUCGAUGUUUGUUUCUUCUGUAACACAAAUAACUUGUUUUGCUAUAGGUAGUCUUGCUAACUUCCCUGCCGUUGUUACGUUUUCAGUGUUUGUUUCCAUUUCAUUAGCAUUUUUGUUUGUCUUCCAAAUCACUACUGUAGCUGCAAUUUUAUCCAUUGAUUAUAAAAGAGUCUCCCAAAGCAGAGUUGAUGUUUUUUGUUGUAUUCAAAAGAAAGUUCUUGAUGACAGUGAUCCUUUAAAUGCAGAUACGCCUUAUCAAAGUGUCAUAACAAAAGUAAUGGAACCUUAUACUAAAUUCCUUUUGAAGUGGUGGACGAAAAUGGUCGUUGUUGCUAUUUUUGUAGUUUUGUUAUCGACAAGUAUCAUGUUGAUACCUAAUUUAGAAGUUGGUUUAGACCAAGAAAUGUCGUUACCAGUCGAUUCGUAUGUGUACACAUAUUUACAGGCCGUAAAUGGGCUCUUGCGCCUAGGUCCCCCAGUAUAUUUCGUAGUUAAAGCCGGUUUGAAUUAUAGCGAUCCUAACCAUCAAAAUGUCAUUUGCGGAACUCAAUUGUGUUACAAUGAUUCCUUGACAACACAAGUAUUUUUGGCCGCUCAAUUUACAAACGUAACUUAUUUGGCUAGGAGUUCCAAUUCUUGGCUGGACGAUUUCUUUGAUUGGACUAGUUUAACUGGCGCUUGUUGCCAAUAUAACACUACUGAUGGCGGCUUCUGUCGCAGUGUUGAUUUAUCUCCCGAAUGCACUUACUGUGACGUCCCGAGAUACGAGUGGCAAAACGGGCUUCGGCGGCCAGCAGGAGAAGCAUUUGAAAGGUAUAUUCCAUUUUUCUUAUUGGACGAUCCAACGGAGACUUGUACCAAAGGAGGGCUGGCUAGUUAUUACGGCAGCGUCAACUACGAGCUAGAUGCAGAAGGUCGUGCUACUGUUCACGACACCAACUUCAUGGCUUACCAUGCCGCCCUAGGUACAUCGAAGGACUAUAUAACCGCUGUCAAGUACGGGUACGAGGUCAGCGAAAAUAUCACAAAUGCCAUUAAAAACCACACUGGUCUUGAUAUAGAAGUGUUCCCGUAUUCUGUCUUCUACGUAUUCUAUGAGCAAUACCUUACAAUGUGGCGCGAUACUUUUGUUUCUAUCGGUUAUUGUUUGAUCGGUACUUUUAUAUUUAACUUGUUAGCGUCGGGUUUCAAUAUUUUGACGACAUUUGCGGUGAUGUGCACUACUGUUAUGGUCGUUGUGAACAUGAUGGGUGUUAUGUACAUAUGGAAUAUUCCUCUCAACGCAGUGUCCUGUGUUAACCUGAUCGUUUCUAUAGGUAUCGCCGUCGAGUUCUGCAGUCAUAUCGCUUAUGCGUUUGCCACAAGUACGUAUUCAAAGGAUGAUAAAAUACUAGACGCAAUGAAAGCUGUCGGAGGAACAAUAAUAACUGGUAUAACCUUCACUAACAUCCCUAUCAUUGUUUUGGCCUUCUCCUAUACAGAGAUCAUUGAGGUAUUUUUCUUUAGAAUGUUCUUUAGUUUAGUCAUAUUAGGUUUUAUACAUGGAAUGAUUUUCUUCCCAGUUUUGUUAAGUUACUUAAACAAUUUAAAAUGGUGUUCGAAAGGUUCUAGCGAAAAGGCAAAUUGAUUGUAUAUGUAGAAGGUAUUUAGUACAAGACUGCCGCGGCCUUUGUAUGACGUCAUAUCAUUGUAUCUCAAGAUUGUUCAUUCAAUUCAAUGUAUCACUUGUUAUAAAUAAGCUUUCGUUGUCAAUUGUAAAUAUAGUAUAAUAAAUAAAAUGUUACGUAUUACGAUUUGA